CGUAGGAAGGCGCAUGCAUGGACGCGAAACGUUUCCCCCUCGCAAAAGUUCUUUUGACGAGUUUCCCCCCAUCACUUUCAAGAUUCCCCCCGUUCUCUUCAUCAAGUGAGUCGUCCGUACCGCAUGUAUCCGCGAAGUCGCGAGGAUAACAAAAGUUCACUCAAAUCACCUUUUGCGGCCCAUCGCUGCUUCGCGCCGACAUGGCCUCCAGCCACAGAAAGCUCUGUCGACGCUGGACGUCGCGCGCGCGCUAGCUACCAUGCACAUCAAAGCGAUCGUCUCUCUGCUCCUCUUUGCCAUGUGUACGCAGCUCACCAUCGCCGAGCGCUCAGGUGAUGAUGAGCAGCACCCUUCAAUGCAAAUGCGCUUCGAGGACUUGCAGCUCAAGCUCAAGCUUCAGGCGUCUCCUCUUCUUCAAAAAGCAAGACCCUCUCGCACCGCAACUUCGCACCUCUCCAUCCGAGCCGAUCCCUGCAGCAGCAGCAGCAGCAGCAUUCCCAGCAUCCCCAUUUUCCGCCGCCGCAGCAGCAGCAGCAGCAGCAGCUCCCUCCGCUCCUUUUCCUCUUCCUCCCUCCUCUUUCGACGCUGCACCGGCAACUCCGGCACAGACUCGGACGGGGAGUGGGAGGCCAAAAAGCGAGCCAAGGCGGUGAGCAAGGCGCUCAAGAAUCUGAGCAACGGUCCUCAGCUGGAUGUAUGGCCCAGGCGCGAAAGGAGGCGCAGUACGAGCGGAGUAUUGCGAAAGCUUGCGAGGUACGUCAAAUUUUGGCGCAGGGAGGAUGUGCUGGUGAGCGUCGAGAGCAGCAUAGUUGCUUGAUCUGGCUCGGGCGCCGCGCGCAGCGACAACAAGGAACAGAACAGCAAUCGCGCAGGGCUAUCGGUCCAUAGACCCUACGCACCUACCAGACCUUCGGAAAAGCUCUUGGUCGUCCAUCAACAUUGUCAAGAGAAA